AACCCUGGAUGAAGCGCAAAUGAAUUACGCCACUACCGAGAAAGAACUCCUAGCAGUGGUAUUUGCGCUAGAUAAAUUUCGUUCUUACUUGGUAGGAGCCAAAAUAAUAGUCUACACUGAUCACGCUGCUAUCAGGUACCUUCUAACAAAAAAAGAUGCUAAACCUAGACUCCUAAGAUGGAUCUUGUUGCUACAAGAAUUCGACUUAGAAAUCAAGGACAAGAAAGGAACUGAAAACGUAGUAGCAGACCACCUCUCUAGACUUGAGAACCUUGAACCGGAAAGAACAUCAAUUAAUGAUGAUUUCUCGUAUGACAAACUUAUAGCUACUUUGGAAGAGAACAACUCCGACAUGCAAGUAGAAACCACCUUAGCUAUAUCUGUCACACCAUGGUACGCUGAUCUAGUCAAUUAUUUAGCUGCCGGAAUAGUUCCACCUACUUUAUCUUACCAGCAGAAGAAACGAUUCUUCCACGACAUAAAACACUAUUACUGGGAUGAUCCCUUACUUUUCAAAAGAGGCCCCGAUGGUAUUUUCCGUCGAUGUAUACCCGAAGAAGAGGUAGAAAAUAUAAUCCAACACUGCCACUCCGCUCCUUAUGGUGGACACACAAGUACAUCCAAGACCUGCUCUAAAAUCCUACAAGCUGGCUUUUAUUGGCCAACUAUAUGGAAGGACGUACAUGCGGCUAUUAAGGAGUGUGACAGAUGUCAACGCACGGGAAAC